ACGACAACAAGUACAAAAGGCUCUAGCGGCACCAUUCACCUCUCUAGACACAUACCAUUACAAUGAUCGCGACUCGCACUGCCCUCCCUGCCCUCCGCGCCGCGCGCACCGUCGCCGGCCGCCGCUUCAACUCGACCGCGGCGACUCCCCCUCCCCCCACCCCGGAGAAGAAGGCCUCGAACACCCCCCUCAUCUUCGGUCUUGCUGGUGUUGCCGGCCUCGCCGCCUUCGCCUACCUCAACCGCAGCGAGGCCAAGGCUCCUGCUAAGCCCGCUGUCCCCGCCCUUGAGAAGGACACCUGGAUCCCCGUCAAGGUCUCCAAGAUCGACAAGUACAACCACAACACCAAGGUGUACCGCCUCGACUUCCAGGGCGACGACGCCAAGGACAAGGUCUCGGGCAUCACCGUGGCCGGCGCUAUUGUCGUCAAGACCCCCGAGGGCGAGGGCGAGGUCCUUGACAAGAAGGGCAAGCCUGUCAUCCGCCCCUACACCCCCCUCUCGCCCCCUGACCAGCGUGGCUCGAUCGACCUCCUCGUCAAGGAGUACCCCACCGGCAACAUCUCCAAGUGGUUCGGCACGCUCACCCCCGGCGCCGAGGUCCACAUCAAGGGCCCCAUCCUCAAGUACGAGUACAAGCCCAACACCUUUGACAAGGGUCUCUUCGUCACUGGCGGCUCGGGUGUCACCCCCGCGUACCAGUUCCUCACCCACGCCCUGAAGGACAAGUCGGACAAGACCAAGUUCACUCUUCUCUUCGCCAACGUCAACGAGGAGGACAUUCUUCUCCGCAAGGAGUGGGACGCCCUCGCUGCCGCCAACCCCGACCGCCUCAACGUCGUCUACUUCCUCGACAACGCCCCCGCGGGCUGGAGCGGCGAGAAGGGCUACGUCACCGCCGACAAGAUCACCCAGUACUUCCCCCGCGGCGAGGGCGAGAAGGUCCAGGCGUUCGUCUGCGGCCCUCCCGGCCAGUACGCUGCCAUCUCGGGCAAGAAGGACGGCUUCAAGCAGGGUGAGCUCGGCGGUGCCCUCAAGGACCUCGGCUACACCUCGGAGGAGGUCUUCAAGUUCUAAAACAAGCCAUGGGUUAGAGCCAGCCAUGGAAUUUGAGAUCUGUAGAUGGGCCUAAAGUACAUGAUAUGCACAACAAGGUACAGCAGUGUGGGUAUGGGCAGUGCGGGGUGGUGGGUGGAAUGAAUGAAGGAGGCGGGUUCUUGAGCGCUGCAGUACUGGACACGCGAUGAGCCUAGUAGUGGACAGUCGAGUCGCCCUCGUCGCUGAUGAAGCUGCGGCUCACGCUGUGCUCUGGCACCUCGCUACGCUCAUGCGACUCCUCGGCCUCCCACUCCUGCUGGUUAUUGAGGUCCUGCUCCUGGAUGAUCAUCCACACGGAGGUACGGUAGAGCGUAAUAACCAGCUUCAUCGACUUUUCGAGCUCGCGCAGGUCGGCCAGCAGGCCUUCGUUGGGGUUCUCGGCCGCGUCCUUGGCGAGCGCGGUUAUCUGGCGUCAGCCCCGCCUUCCUUGACGUCCAACCCACCCGCCGGAUCUUGUCGCCGAGCUUUGCAUACUCCCACAGCACCUCGGACUCGAGUUCCGACAGCUGCGAGUUGUUCGCGCUGGCGCGUGUCAGCUGUGCGUUUGUCGAGCCGAGCACGACUCACUACGGGUUGACGCUCUCGAUCGCCGACGACAUUGUGACUU